GUCUCAUCCCUCUUGUGAAUUGUCUGUACACUGUAUUUCUGCAACGCAACGAGGCAUCUGAUGUCCAGCCUGCAGAUGAUUUGAGCAAUUGACCUACCUGUCUUGAUGUCAUUCUGCAUCCUUUCAUCAAAGUCCUUGUGAUGAUCAACCAGCCAGCCAGCCAGCCCGUAGCAGACACGCAGCUUGUUGAUACAGCCACGCGAUCGUUGUCUCAAAAUCAACUCGACGACGGCGCCAGAGAACAGCUCGUUUCUGCGCCGACGGCGGCAUCGAUCCUGAUGCGCGGAUAUCCGUUCCAGGGCGCAACAUGCAUCGAUUCCAUCAGGCAGACCGCCCCAUGCGGCAUGCGGUCGCGAUCAGAUAUGUCGUUCUGCUCAGAGCGAUCUCAACAGAGGAACACAAUCAAUCUACACCUUCCGUCAGAGCCAUCUAGACCGAAUGCAGCGACCUUGAGGAGCUCUGUAGGAAAGCGACAAUUCGGCAUGCUCCUGCUGCUUCGACCUCUGCCUUGGCCACAGUACGACACGUCUUCCGAACCUCCGGGCUGGCAAUUCCGGGCUCCUGACAGCUUGCUGAAGAAGUCCUCGAUAUGUAUGCUUCCGGAUCUUGCAAUACCGAACUCUGGACACUCGGCCACCAGAGAAUCGCUCGCCGCAUCAUCCAGUCCUGGUUCUGGUACUAUUUCCUUUGAUUGGUGAGCCCUCCAGAACAAGGACAGCUGUGGUCGCUUUCCAUCAAAAAGCUGCUGCGAUAAAGGUAAUCCUGUAGACCCAGCAGUGAUUUCCCUGUUCAUCCUCUGUGAUGUGUUGGUUCCGGUGGCUUCCUGGGUGAAGGGACGAACACAAGACAAGAAGAGAGAUAGUCUGGUGCAGAGUCUUCAUGCCUAGUGGUCCAGUAUCCGGCUG